AUUAAUUACUCUGUGUUUAUUGAAAAUAUUGAAAUUGAAACAUGAAUCGUAGUUUUCAAUAUCAAAAUAUUUGAACAUAUAAAAAUCCAUGAUUACAAACAGUAUAGCGUAUCGAAUAGUGAUUAAUUUCGUCAUAGUUUAAAACUUAAUACGUUCGAUUAGAAUUGAGAGAAUAGUGAAAUUUGUAAAAUGUCUGAUAGGUUAAAAACUACUGAUGAAGUGUCUAAUGAAAAAAUCGUAGAGGAUUUGACCAAAGACUUGGAAUUUAGUUUAAGUACAGAGGAACCGAAAGAAGACUAUGUUAUCAAUCCUGGUUCUAGUGUAGAGCAGAUUGUGCCGUCGGCUGGCGAUACACAGAAAACAAAUGAUGGUAUUCCACAAGAAACAGAAUUCGACGAUGAUUAUGAGGAAAAAAAUAAGAGUGAUGACAGUGAUUCAGACUCAAUAGAUGAGGUAUCCCUCAAGGAUGCUGAGGUGGACCUGACCGAUGACCAGAAGGAGGAACGGAGACUAAUAGCAGAACAAUUGAAAGAAACGGGGAAUAAUGCAUUCAAAGUUGGAGAAUAUGAGAGAAGCUUGGACAAGUACACUGAAGGUUUGAAAAUCUGUCCACUCCAGUCGACGAAGCUUCGCGCUGUCCUGUACUGCAACAGGAGCGCCUCAAAAAUGAAACUGGAGAGAUACAAGCAGGCAAUCAAAGACUGCACCAAGGCCAUAGAGCUCGAUGAGAAUUAUGUGAAAGCAUAUAUCAGGCGAGCACAGUCCUACGAGGCUGACGACAAAUUAGACGAAAGUCUAGCGGAUUACAAGAAGAUUCUAGAAUUCGAUCCCGCGCACAAAGAGGCAAUAAAAGCGACGGUGCGCCUACCGCCGCUCAUAGAACAGAAGAAUGAGAAACUGAAGACGGAAAUGUUAGGGAAAUUAAAAGAUUUAGGCAACAUGAUCCUAAAACCUUUUGGUUUGUCCACGGAUAACUUCCAAAUGGAACAAGACCCGGAGUCUAAGGGAUACAAAAUUAAUUUUAAACAAUAAAUAAUGUAUAUAAUAUAUAGGUAUUUAUGUUAUUCUAAAAUUG